AUGAAGCUCACUCUGACAAGCACGGUUUGGACGACUACUAUUUUGACCUCUGUACCCAAAGAUGUCACCAAAACUAUGACGUAUCAAAUAAUAAACCCGGCCAGUCCUACAAUUACAGUCAAAGCAAAGAAAGGAGUUACCUCAUUUAUCUCAUCGACGUCCCUAGUAUUUAAGCUGAAAAAAACCACGAGCACUCUGUCUUGUAUUCCAACGGCAGCUAAUGUCAAGAGAUCCUUUGCAGCAAACCAGGUCCAAGACGAGAACAUUGUUAAGAGACAAACCGCUUCUUCAUCCUCGUCUAUUUCGACAUCCACAGUCACUACUUUUUACACCCUUCCUCAAUCGACAAGUACAGUAUUGGUUCCGGUUAGCGCAUCAUCCACGAUGACCAAGGCAGCCUCCAAAUCCACUCAAACAUCCACGAUCACCUCAUACAUUUUGAAGACGAGUGUUGUUCCCGGGCAGACGUUCACAUCCACUAUUAAGAUUACGAAAAUUGUUCCCAAGACGACCACCCUCCCCCAAUCUACUUCCACGAUCCUUGUCAACUUGCAAGGUACAUCGAUUCUCACGGUAUCUUUGAAGGGCCUGUCUCAAACGCUUAGCGAAACGAUAUAUUCCACCAUCAAAACAUCCACGUCCGCCCUCAAAGGUGUCACAAUUCAAGCUCAGACAACAAGCACAAUCCUCGGUACAUCUACACUCACUUUACCAGCCGAAACGAUUCUCACCACCUUCACAUCGCUAAAAACGGCCAAGGCACCGGUCAUUCUACCCCCAUCCACUGUCGUUAUCAGCCAAAUUUUCACGGUGACACUCAAAUCCACAUUCACGCCUUCAGGAACCACCUCCACACUCCUGAAAUUAGCCACCAGUGUCCAUAAAACAACCACAACGCUGCCAAUUUCUACGGUAUUGGUCACCAAGACCAAAACGUCGAAAAAUUCCGAUCCCUAUGUCACUGUGACCAGUACUGUUAUAAAGACAACAACGGUCAAAAGUACCAGUCUAAUCAUUAGUACGGUCCUAAAAACCGCAAAGGGAGCGCCAACUUGUUCUUAA